CUUGGGGUAGUUUUAUGAUGAUAUUUUAUUCCCUAAUUAUCUGCUUUAUGCCCAGGAAUGUCUGCAGUAUCUUUAGGACGAACCCGGGGGCAGGACCAGAGCCUAGGAACCCCAGGCACAGACUGUGUUCAAUCUGUCUCUCUCUCUCUCUCUCUCUGUUGUGUUUUUUGUUUGUUGUGUUUGGUUUUUGUUUUGUUUGUUUGUUUUCUUCCCCUGGCCUGGAGGCUUUUCACCAGUAAAUCCUUUCAGCAGCUUUUUGCUGUUUUUUUUUAAUUUGAACUGGUUUGGUUUGUUUUUUUCUUUGGCUCGAGAAACCCACAGAGGUGGCCCUGGACAGUCUGAACCCCAGAAAAACCAAUGAAAGAAAGGACAUUAAAUCCACCAACUUCACCAGCUGUGAGGAUGUCUUGGUUUGAAAGACAGAAGAAAAUGGAGUUAUUGAAGCCCUUUCCCUCUAGAGAAAAUGCUAAUUCGAGGGUGUUUCCUCCUGAAAUUUGUCUCCAAAACUGAGACACCAAGUCAUCGUGCUGGCAGCAUCCCCAUGCCAGGGAGAAGAGAUGCUGAGGGGAGCUGGGAGAGGGACCCUGUCCUGCAACAUGGGCAGUGGGCCAGGGCCAGGCCGCCACCCCUCCCUGUGCUUCCCUGUCCUGCGCUGCCAGGAGAGCUCUUCAAGUCCCUGGUUCUCAAGGGCACAAGUGGUGCCCAUGCAGCUCAGGGCAGGCAAAAAGCAGGAUAAGGAAUAAUUGAAGUGUCUGGGAGGUUGGCUGGAGCAAGUGACAACUUGGCUACAAAUAAAAUUCAAAUAUCCUUAUCUCUUCUCAUCCUUUACAAAGAUCUAUUAAAAAUGUAGAAACGUCUCCGGUACUCUUGGCAUCUUUAAAAAUUCAAAAGAAAAAGGCUUAUAAUAAACUGACCACUCCACUCACUGAGAAAAUGGUUCUGGUUGAAGGAAAACAAAAGCAAAUUAACAUUUUUUACAAGAUCACUUAGUUAAGUGCUCUGCUGCAUCCUUUGCCAGGGCUGCCUUGAAGAAGCUGCUUCAGGUCAGCAAUACAAAAGAGCCCAGGCUAAGUUUGUUCAGAAUUUCAACCUGAAAUUUUUCCUUUAUUGAUCUGGUUUUCUAAAGGGUCCAACACACCCUGGACACGGUGCAAUAAACAGGAACAUGCAGGAAACAAGAAAAGCAGGGAGGGAAAUAGCAGCAAAUUUGAAUCAAUUCUUUGACAUCAUCUUAUCCUUUCCCAGGUUCAGUGAGGUUGUUCCAAUGCCUGUGCUGCCAUGACCGGAAGGAUGAACCAGGACCUAGAGGGAUGCUGGUUCUCCCAGAAGUGGAAAAGGUUUAUGGAAAGGGCUCUGAGCUCUGCUGUUCACAGGGAGCUGAUGCACUGGCAGCCAGGAAGAUACUCAGGCUGGAAGCUGUGCCAGAGAGAUCGGCAGGAUCUAGGGAUUUCUUACCUAGUGCUGAUGAUGAACCUGGAAAACUAAACUGUAAAUGACAAAAGCCAGCAGAGAGUAGAGGAGCUGGGAACAGGGGAGCAUCCUCUUCACUGGAGCACCACUUGGAGAUGGAGCAGGAAAGGGCAAAAGGGAGGAAAACCAAGGGAAGAUUAAAAACAAAAGAAAGGCAGAGUUCACUUUCAAAGGGAUUCAUUGCUGAUUCCAGCCCCCUUUUUUAAAGCCUAGUGAAGAACCUCAGAUGCCAAAGGUUGAAAUUGAUUUUCCAUCUUCAGUCCGACAUUGGUUAGUGUUUAAUACACAACAUAGUAUAAAAGGGUGCGAGAAUUUCCCAGGGGAAAGCAAAGGACAGCCUGCUCUGGCUUUUUGAUUCAGCUUUAAAAAAGAGACUAAGAGGUGCAGAAUGAGAAAGGAGAAGCCCUGACCAAGCCAGGACUCAUUCCAUGCACCUCAAAGAGAGCAGGAAGUGGCCUUGGAUCAGGGGAAGCAAAAUACCCAAAAUACUAAUCCAAGGCCCAGCCAGGAUUAGUGACCUGACCCCUCUCUGCUCUCCCACCCCCCUUUUUGCCCACUGACUUGGUUCCACUUUGCUAACAAGAGGUGGAAACCAUGGGCAGUUCUGACAGAUGCCAGAAGGUUAUUUCCAUCUGCCGAUUGCCAAAAAAUGCCACACAGCUAGAGACCCUGAGCUCUUUCCUGCACUCUGAGCUGGAGGACGAGCUGCUCAGCCAUCACCCAGCACCUCUGAGAGGUCCCCUGGUCCUAGCUAAGUCUUUCCCUGCCUGAAAAGGAAACAAAAAUGUCAUCCUGUCCCAGCCUGGCACCCAUUUCUUCCUACGCUGCUUCUGCUCCAAAAUGAAAGUUGCUGAGUAAUUUGGGUGAAUUUGAUAAUGCUUUUGCUCUGGACAUGGCCUUCUGGCAGCGUGCAGAGACACACACCCGCUGCAGAGACUCACCAGGGCUGCCUGAGACAGCCUCUUCCCACAGCACUACCUGAACUGGCAGCAGUUUGGACAUCCCUUCUAUAAGCCCGGAGGCAUUGGGAAGGAGGGAGGUGAAAGAACCGGGAUUCACACCCAGAGGCAGUGCCAGGGUGGCAGCAAAACCCAGCAGUAGAUUAAAAAUUGCUUGAAAGCAAUUCCCAGCAGCGAGGUGAGGCCAUUGAGAAUGGUUUCCUUGGGGAAAUCCGCAGCCCUGAGAGAGGCAAAGGCAAUGCCCGAGGAGCUCAGCCCGGCCAGGUGCAGAAUCCUCCUAGCCUGGCCAGGCACGGGGCACCUCCUGAGGCAAAGGAACCUGGUCAGGGACCUGACCAAAAGGGGUGAUAAGGAAAGGAGGGAAGCAAAAAAUAAAGGGUACAGAGACACAGACCUGGACAACUGUCCUGGUUUGAAAGACAGGUGUCCGCCAAGGAAUGCAGGAACCUCCCUUGGAAUCAGAAAAUGUGAACCCCUUCCCACCAAGUCAUUAUAACCUUGGAAUCAAGGGGCUUCAGGAAAGGAUAUGGGAAAAAGAAUAACAAUUCUUUUAUAUAUAAGACAGACAAACAACAGCAGGAGCAGUAACAACAAACAGAACCACAGACCCAGUGACAGCCAGAACCACAGACCCCACCACAGCCAGAACCAGAGACCCUGUCACAGGGUAAUAAUCGAACCUCACAUCUUAACGAUGGGAUCACAAUUCCACAGGUAUCACUCCAUGGAAAUCCAGCCUGCAUAGAUGUGCAAAUCUGGCAAUCAAAGCUGGGCAUCCCAGACAAUUGCCUGUGCCAAGGGAAGGACAUGAAUACUAAGGUCAUGUGGAGUGAAAGGAGUUGGGGAGGAUGAGCUGUCAGACAUGUCAAAAGGGUGCAAAAGGAACUGGUCAGUGAGCUUGGCCAAGGCAGCCAAUCUCUAGGCAGGGUUUUCAGGCAGGCAGAGGGUUCACGCCGAUGUGAGUCUGCAAAGCCACCUGGCAGCAGCUGCCUUUACAUCCUGCUUUGUUUGUGCUCAGCUGGUGCCUUCCAGAGUGAUGUGACAAAGCAGAGUGGAAUGCCUGGUGUUCCCUGUGGCUGGGAAUAAGGCUAUCAUCCCUCAACACAUAUAGAACUGCCUGGAGAACAGAGAGGUGGGAUGCAAAGCCCAGCACGUGCUGUUCCCCAUGUACCAAGUGAGCAAUUGAGGUAACACAUACCCACAUACCCUGCAAACACCUCCACCAUAAACCCAUGCAGCAGGACAAAACUGGGCAAACAGGCAGGGCAGGAGCCAGACCUCCCCUCUUCACAGAAUGCACCCUGGACACCCAGAGCAUGGCCACUGCUCUGUGGCUGGUGUCCCCAGGUGCCAUCCCAAGGGGCUGGAGGUGCUUGUGUUGCCGUGGCCCAGGAGGGCUCUGAGUGCCCUGCACAGGGAGAUACAGACUCCUCCAGCACUCAGGGGCUCUUAUCAAUCACCUACAGCUGGAUCAAGGGAGGGGAGAUGCAGCAGACUUGUGGGAGCAACAGGACUGGGCACUGCAGGAACAGGAGGAAUUGCCAAAAUCAAGUGUUGGAUGAGGUCCCAUGUGGGCUGGCAGCUUCAGGCAUGGGAGGUCAUUGCUCAGAGGAGAGGGGGAAGCUCAUUGGGGUGGUACCCAGAUAGACUCCCAGCUCUGCUCUCCAGGCCAUCCAGCCCCUCUGGACUUUGCCCUGCUCACUCAAACAACCUGGAAGUGCUGGGCAAGCUCAGUCCAGCCAUGAGCAGAUGAGGGGAUCAGAGGAGUGCGGAGCAGACUGAAGACCUUCCAACCCAUCUCAAACCUGCUUUCCUGGAGCCAGCCUGAAGGCUGGACAGCAGUGAAUUCUGUAUCCCAUCCUGUUGACUGACUGUAGAUACACUGGCAUCCAGGAUGGAGAGAGUAGAAGGUGAGACCCUGAUGGAUGAGGUGGAGGAGAUGAGUGGAAGAGCCGACGUGACUUUGGACCCAGACACCGCCAACCCCUUCCUCAUUCUGGCCAGUGACCAGCGAGGGGUGGGACGGGGGAACGAGUGGACCUUCCUGCCCAACAACCCUGAGCGGUUUGACACGGAGCCAUGUGUGCUGGGCAACCAGGGCUUUGUUGUGGGGAGACACUGCUGGGAGGUGGAGGUGGCUGAGGCAGGGGACUGGUGGGCUGUGGGAGUGGCCCAGGAGUCUGUCAGGAGGAAGGGGGUCCUCAAUUUUACACCCCAGGAGGGGAUCUGGGCCGUGGGGCAGUGGUUUGGACAGUACCAUGCUUUCAGUGAUCCUGACUGGACCCCCCUGCACCUUACCUGCCUCCCCAGGGCCAUCCAGGUCUGCCUGGACUUCACAGACAAGCAGGUGACUUUUGCUGAUGCUGAGAGUGAAGCCCCAAUCUUUGUUUUCUGCCUGGCCUCAUGUGCUGGGGAGAGGCUGCACCCCUGGCUCUGGGUGGGGAUGGACUCAUGGCUCAAGCUGUGCCCCUGACAGGGAGGGAACAUGGGGGGGCAGGGGAGAGAUUGGAAAGGCAAAUGCCAUCACCUUGGGUCUUGGUGUUGGGAACUGGGAGGGUCCUGCAUACUGCUGGCUUCUCCUCACAUGGAUCCCCUGGCCACCAAGGGGAGGACUGGGAGUUCAUGGAGGUGGACACCACAACAGAGCUUCAUCCCCCCACCGCUCAGCUGGGACUGCAGGGGACAUGGAGAGCACAGAGACUUGGUGUAGGGAGGAGUUUGGUUCCCAGUGGUCCCAUGGCAGGGACCACCAUUGAGUGCCAGGGCACUGCAGAGCUGCUCUUUACAGGGCCAUGGAAAAUCCAGCAGGGUCCAGCUCCUCCAAGGGUGCUGCAGUAGUGCCUCUGGCUUUUUUCAAGUAAGUUAAAAAAAACCAAACAUAGCUGGAUACUCAUGAUAACAUUUAUCUUCCCCACACAUCCAGAGCCUCCCCUUGCCUGACAUGCACCCAGCACAUUUCUUGCAGCAGAGCACUGGUAGCAGUGCAGGGGCAGCAGUAGGGGCAGCCCAGGAAGCAAAGCACAAUGCUGAGCUGUGUCUGGAAUCCACAGGAGAGGCAAUUCCCAAAGAUCUGUCAUUCUCUGGUCUUGCCCCAUCAAGGUCCCACCUCACAGGAUCCUGCUGAAUCCUGUCCUUAGGAAAGAAGGUGGAUGUAGGUGAAGAGGGACAUUGCCUGGGUCCAGCCGAGAUUUCAUCUCCUAACACUUUUCUGGUUGGACCUUCUUUAGUGCCUCAACCUCAGUUGACAACCUCAGUUGUCAUCGUUGUGGCAUCUGGGCACAGGCAACAAUACUGGUCUCCCUGCUCUACUCCAGGGGUUGCAAAGAGUUGCAGUGCUGGGUCAAGCCCAGGUAUCUGCCCCCAGAGCUCUGCCCUAAGCCUCUUCCAUUGUGCUAGCACCAAAACUGGGGAAACCCAGGGACCUCUGCUCCCAUUGAGGCACUUCCUACUCUCCAUGGGCAGGAGCCUCUGAGACUGUCCUGUUUUUGCUUGGGGUAGAGUUAAUUUUCCUCCCAGUAGCCAGCACAAUGCUGGGUUUGGGAUCUAGGGUGAGAAUAACAUUGAUAGCAACAACCAAACCACUACUCAUAGGGUGUUUACCUAAGCCAAGUCUCAGUCUCUCAAGUUCUCAGUGUCUCAUGCUCUGCUAGCGAGGAGCUGCACAAGAAGCUGGGGGGGAGCACAGCCAGGACAGCUGACCCGAACUGGCCAAAAGAAUAUUCCAUGCCAUAGAACAUCCUGCCCAGUGUUUAAACUGGGGGAGCUGCCUGGGUGGGGCCAAUCAGUGCUGGGGAACAGUCUGGGCGCAGAUCAGUGGGUGGUGAGCAACUGUAUUGGGCAUCACUUGUUCUACUUGGGGUUUGUAAUUUUUUUUAUUACAAUUAUUAUCAUUAGUAUUAUUACAUACUAUUUUGUUUCAAAUAUUAAACUGUUUUUACCUCAAAUCAAGAGGGUAUUUUUCCCUUUUUUCCCCCAUUUCCACCCUUGGAGGGUGGUGUGUGAUUGAGUGGCUGUGCAGUGUUUAGUUGCCAGCUGGGGCUACACCAUGACAGAGGAUCACAUCAGAAGGUCAGUGUAUGGAUAUGGCAGAUUGUUAGCUCUGUAUUUUUGUCCUUUGCCAUGCAAAACACCCCAAAAGAGUUGUGCUGUGCAGUUAGGGACCUACCUCAGCUAAGAAGAAGAAAUUCCUUUCUGAAAGCCCGCUGAGUCCUUCAGACUGGAGAAAAGUUGGGUUUUUCCACAGAUUGGUGUCUGGGAACCUCUUCACUGGAAUGGUUUGGAGGGGGUAAAUUUUGUGCUUUAGUUUCCUUUUUGAUGUGCCCCACAAAAACUGCAUUUUAAAAAAUCAGGUCUCUGGGAGCCAAGUUGCAUAACUGCAGCAUUUGUGAGAAAUACACAAUUUCAUGUAGGAUUGCACCACAAAGACUCGGGACUUUAAAUUCAGCUCUCGUGCUAGAGAUCUCUGCAUGCUGGAGUCACAAUGGGUAGGAAGGCUUAAGGUACACCAGAGUCCUUGAGCAAGGCUGGACCCACAUGGGCUCUGAGGGGUUUGGAGAGACAACUGGGGCCAUACCCAGCGUGGGCACAGACAGCACAUCAUGGCAGUGACUGCUGCCUCCUCAACUUGUGCCUGGACAUGGAGGCCACAGGGCAACUCCCAAGCUCCCGGAGCCCUCGGACUACAGCAGGGUGUGAUCAGACCCCUGGGACCCAACUGCUCCCAGGGAAAAAGGCUGCAGCAGUGGGCAGCAGAGGCACCUCCACAAACAUGCUCUUCUCAGCAUUGGUCUGUCAGACAUGCUCCAAACAAAGCCUGCCUGGAUUUGGCACAUCAGCCAACCGUGACUGAACGCCCUUCCCAUGAAACUGUUUUCCCAUGUAAACUCCUUUUCCACAGUGAGGCCUUUCUCUGGGACUUCUGUUCCCUUUA